GCCUGGGACGCGCCUCGCACUGCUCGCUGUCGGGGCCAGAAACACGCACCGUGCUGGAUGGAGGACUAGACCCAGGACUAAUAAACGUGGAUGAUCAUUAGUUUUCUGUUUUAGGGAGGAUCAGUUCAUGAACGUCAGGAUAACCAAGUCUCCCAGGCAGCUCCCCCCAUCUCUCUCCUCUGAAACCGUUAUAACCUCCUCUUACUGGGAUCAGAAGCUGAAGCCAUGCAGGAGUCGAGACGCAGGCAGCAAUUAGCUCUGGGCCUGGUGUUUGGCUUGUGGCUUCCCUGCUGCCUAGCCCAGACCACGCCGUCGAGCACGACCGCCCCGACGCCGACGCCGGCGCCGUCGCCGUCGCCGUCGCCGUCCCCUCAGCCUCCGUCCCAGCGGCUCCAGGUCCGGCUGGCCGGGUACCCGCGGAAACACAACGAGGGCCGCGUGGAGCUGUUCCACAAGGGAGAGUGGGGAACCAUCUGCGACGACGACUUCUCCAUAACCAACGCCAACGUGCUGUGCCGCCAGCUGGGCUUCGUGGAGGCCACAGGCUGGACCCACAGCGCCAAAUACGGCCAAGGUCAAGGAAAGAUCUGGCUGGACAACGUGUUGUGUCAAGGAGGAGAGAAAAGCAUCGACUUGUGCAAAUCCCGCGGCUGGGGCAACAGCGACUGCACUCAUGACGAGGAUGCUGGCGUGGUGUGCAAAGAUGAGAGGAUACCCGGCUUCGUCGACUCCAACGUCAUCGACACCCAGCUGGAUGAGAGCAGAGUGGAGGAGGUGCGACUCCGGCCCGUGGUUGCCACGGCGAAGAAGAGGAUGCCCAUCACCGAGGGCGUGGUGGAGGUGAAGCACAAGGACGGCUGGGCGCAGAUCUGCGACCUGGGCUGGACCAUCAAGAACAGCCGCGUGGUCUGCGGCAUGCUGGGAUUCCCGCAUGAGAGGAAGGUCAACAAGAACUUUUACAAACGUCUGAAAAAGCGAGCGGCGGAGAAGGUCUCCAGUCCAAAGGUUAAUGUUUCAGCUGGUGGAAGGCAGGCACCCAAAGCUAAAGUUAAAUCUAAGUCUAAACAGAGCAGUCCUGGAAAAAGGUUGUAUUUGGAGCGUCAGAAGAACUACUUCCACAUCCACUCGGUGGCCUGUACGGGUACAGAGGUCCACCUGGCCGCCUGCCCCCUGCAGUUCACCAAGCCCAACGCCACCUCGCCCUGCGCCGGCGGCAUGCCGGCCGUCGUCAGCUGCAUGCCCGGGCCCAUGUUCAUGCAGAACACCGGGUCCAAAAAGAAGCCCAAAAUUUCGAGCAACGUGAGGCUGAAGGGCGGCGCCCGGGUGGGCGAGGGCCGGGUGGAGGUGCUGAAGGGCAGCGAGUGGGGGACGGUGUGUGACGACCGCUGGAACCUGCUGUCCGCCAGCGUCGUCUGCAGGGAGCUGGGCUUCGGCAGCGCCAAGGAGGCCAUCACAGGAGCCCGGAUGGGACAAGGAAUGGGUCCGAUCUACAUGAACGAGGCGAAGUGUCUGGGCACUGAGAAGUCCCUGUGGAACUGCCCCUUCAGGAACAUCACGUCAGAGGACUGCAAGCACGUGGAGGACGCAGCCGUGCGCUGCAACGUGCCGUACAUGGGCCUGGAGAACUCGAUCCAAAUCACAGGGGGACGGACCCGCUACGAGGGCCGCGUGGAGGUGCUGAGCUCCGACGCCAACGGGACGGAGAGGUGGGGUCUGAUCUGUGGUGAGAACUGGACCACCAAGGAGGCCAUGGUGGCCUGCAGGCAGCUGGGCUUGGGCUACGCUAACCAGGGCCUGCAAGAAACCUGGUACUGGGACAGCAGCAACGUGACGGAGAUGGUGAUGAGCGGCGUGAAGUGCACCGGCAGUGAGAUGUCUCUGAGCCAGUGCCAACACCACAAGACCGUCAACUGCCAGCGAGCGGCGGCAAAGUUUUCAGCUGGAGUCAUCUGCUCAGAGACCGCCUCUGAUCUGGUCCUGAACGCCCCGCUGGUGCAGGAGACGGUUUACAUCGAGGACCGGCCCCUGCACAUGCUCUACUGCGCCGCUGAGGAGGACUGUCUGUCCAAGUCCGCCGCCAAGGCCAACUGGCCCUACGGACACCGGCGCCUGCUCCGCUUCUCCUCCCAGAUCCAUAACAUCGGGCGGGCGGACUUCAAGCCAAAGGCUGGACGCCACUCGUGGGUCUGGCACGCCUGUCACGGCCACUAUCACAGCAUGGACAUCUUCACACACUACGACCUGCUGAACGCCAACGGCACCAAGGUGGCCGAGGGACACAAGGCCAGCUUCUGUCUGGAGGACACAGACUGUCAGGAGGGUGUUUCUAAGCGAUACGAGUGCGCCAACUUCGGUGAUCAGGGCAUCACCGUGGGCUGCUGGGACUUGUACCGUCAUGACAUCGACUGCCAGUGGAUUGACAUCACAGACAUCAAACCUGGAAACUACAUCAUGCAGAUUGUUAUCAAUCCUAACUCUGAAGUGGCUGAGAGUGACUUUACCAACAACGCCAUGAAAUGCAACUGCAAGUACGAUGGACAUCGGAUCUGGUUCCAUAACUGCCAUAUUGGCGAUGCGUUCAGUGAGGAGGCAGAGAGGAGGUUUGAUAAAUACCCCGGAGAGCACAACAACAGGGUUUCCUCAUAAACUGUAAUCAUACAAUAGAAGGAUGAUCAAGGUGGGGUUUGGAUGAAGAAGCAUAGACCUCACCUGGUCAAAGAUGAACACACAAACCUUUUGUUUUCAGGUACUAAAUGGAUCCCCACCACAUAUUUUUAAUUAGUAGUCAUUGAGAAAGCCGGCGUGUGUUGUUAUUAUACUUGAAUGUUCAAGUGGGCACGUUUUUUCUCUAGUCUAAUGGAAGUGUAUGCUAUAUUUUUGUUAAAUAUUUAGAUUUUAUAAAGUCAGUCAUGCAGUCUGUAUGACAAAUGUACAGCAUUCUAUUAAAUAAUUGUGUUCCUA